AGUUGUUUCCGAGCCUAAACAAGGUUGUGUUUCUAGACGAUGACAUUGUAAUCCAAACUGAUCUAUCACCUCUUUGGGACAUUGACAUGAAUGGGAAAGUAAAUGGAGCAGUGGAGACAUGUAGAGGAGAAGACAAGUUUGUGAUGUCAAAGAAGUUCAAGAGUUACCUCAACUUCUCAAACCCGACAAUUGCUAGAAACUUUGAUCCAGAGGAAUGUGCUUGGGCUUACGGGAUGAAUGUUUUCGACUUAGCUGCUUGGAGAAAGACUAACAUAAGCUCCACUUACUACCACUGGCUUGACGAGAACUUAAAAUCAGACCUGAGUUUGUGGCAGCUGGGAACUUUGCCUCCUGGGUUGAUAGCUUUCCACGGUCAUGUCCAGACCAUAGAUCCGUUCUGGCAUAUGCUCGGUCUGGGAUACCAAGAGACCACGAGCUUUGCUGAUGCUGAAAGUGCGGCUGUCGUACAUUACAAUGGAAGAGCUAAGCCUUGGCUUGAUAUAGCUUUUCCACAUCUACGUCCUCUCUGGGCUAAGUAUCUUGAUUCCUCUGACAGGUUCAUCAAGAGCUGUCACAUUAGAGCAUCAUGAUUUUCACAAGCCACUUCUCAAUUUUUACAUUGGCACCCAGAGAAGAGAUUCACAGAUCAAAACAUAGGAGCAAACUUUUCUUCCAUGGAGUUUUCACUGCUCUACCGGAUCAUGUUUUGCAGUCUCUGCAAUCUCUCAUGUUUCUAAUUUUUUUGUACUUUCACAGUCUCAUGGCGAGGAAGUAAAACCCAUUCUAUGUAUUAAUGUAAGAACACAUAAAGUGAGAGACGAUCUGCCAAACUCUACUUAAAUUUACAUGUGAAUAUAGAUAACAUUGCACGUAGCAAUUGGGAGUUUACAAUGUCA